AUACAUCAGAUAAUCCAUAUGGGGGGGAAGCCAUACCAAUGUGAUGUAUGUGGGAAGGUCUUCAGUCAAAAUUCAAAUCUUGCAAAUCACAGACGAAUUCACACUGGAGAAAAACCAUACAGAUGUAAAGAAUGUGGCAAGUCCUUUAUUCAAAGUUCCAACCUUGCAACUCAUCAGAGAAUUCAUAUUGGAGAGAAACCUUACAAAUGUAAUGAGUGUGGCAAAGCUUUUAAACAGAGCUCAUGCCUCACCACACAUCAGAUAAUCCAUACAAGACAGAAAUCAUAUAAAUGUGAUCUAUGUGGCAAGGUCUUCAGUCAAACAUCACAUCUUGCAAAGCACCGGAGAAUUCAUACUGGAGAGAAACCUUCCAUAUGUAAGGAAUGUGGCAAAGUCUUCAGUCAAAAUUCACAUCUCACUAGGCAUCAUAGAAUCCAUAUUGAAGAGAAGCCUUAUAAAUGUAGUGAGUGUGGCAAAGCCUUUAAUCUGGGCUCAUUACUCACUAGACAUCAGAUAAUUCAUACAAGAAAGAAACAUUACCAAUGUAACGAGUGCAGCAAGGUCUUCAGUCACAACUCAUCCCUAGCAUGCCAUCCAGGAAUUCAUACUGGAAAAAAACCUUACAAAUGUCAUGAAUGUGGCAAAGCUUUUAAUUGGUGGUCACUCCUCACUAGACAUCAGAUAAUCCAUGUGAGAGAGAAACCACAUAAAUGUGAUGUAUGUGGCAAGGUGUUCAGUGAAAGUUCCCGCCUUGUAAGACAUUUGAGAAUUCAUACUGGAGAAAAACCUUACAAGUGUAAUGAGUGUGGCAAGGUCUUCAGUUACAGUGCAAACCUUUCAAUUCAUAGAAGGAUUCAUACAGGAGAGAAACCUUUCAAAUGUCAUGAAUGCGGCAAGGUCUUCAGCUACUACUCAUGCCUAGCACAUCAUUGGAGAAUUCAUACUGGAGAGAAGCCUUAUAAAUGUAAUAAUGGCAAAGCCUAUAGUGAACGUUCAAGCCUUACUAAACAUCAGGUCAUCCAUACUGGAGGGAAACCUUACAACUGUAAUGAAAUCGACAAGGUUUUUAUCCAAAGUUCAAAACUUACAAGACAUCGCAGAAACUUUACUGGGGAGAAACCACACAAAUGUAGUGAAUGUGGUAAAACUUUCAUUCAUAGGGCCAGCCUGCUGUACCAUCAGAGAAGACAUACUGGAGAAAUGCCAUACAAAUGUAUUGAAUGUGGCAAGGUCUUCAAUUCCACUUCAAACCUUGCAAGUCAUCGGAGAAUUCAUACUGGAGAGAAACCUUACAAAUGUAAUGAAUGUGGCAAGGUCUUCUGUCAUCGCUCACCCCUGGCACAUCAUCGGAGUAUUCAUACUGGAGAGAAACCUUACAAAUGUAAUGAGUGUGGCAAAGCCUUUAGAGUGCAUUCAAUCCUAGUUAAUCACCAGGUAAUGCAUACUGGAGUGAAACGUUAUAAAUGUAAUGAAUGUGGUAAAACAUUUAUCCAAAGUCAUCAGAGGAAUCAUACUGGAGAGAAGCCAUACAAAUGUACUGAAUGUGGAAAGGCCUUUGGGCAGUGGUCUUACCUCAAUAAACAUAAAAGAAUUCAUUCUGGAGAGAAACCUUAUAAAUGUAAUGAGUAUGGCAAAUCAUUUGUUAGCCAUUCAGACCUUACUAAACAUCAGAUAAAACAUAAAGAGAAACUUACAAAUACACUAAAUGUGACAAGGCCUUUAAACUUUGUCCUAACUUCUGGGUUCACCAAAUAAUUCAAACUUAUAUAUGCAGCAAAUAUAGCUUAGUAUGUAUUAUUCACUAGACAUAAGAAUAUACAUCUUAGAAAGUAAUCACAGAAAUAUGUAUAGGAAGAAUUAUCCCUAGAGGUCAAAAGUCAUAAUCUAGGGUGGUGCCUGUGGCUCAAGGAGUAGGGCACCAGCCCCAUAUACCAGAGGU